GUGUUCAAGAGAAGAAAAGAAAAUUUUGUGAAAAAAGUGCAGCAGCACCAUUCAUUAGACAAACAAACACGCAAUGAAGAAAAACCAAAGAUGAAAACAAAACAACGUCUUAUCGAUUCCCUGUUGGAUCUUCAUGUCAAAGAAGGUUUAAUAUCGGAAGAAGACGUUAUCAGAGAAAUGGGCGGCGCAAUUUUUGCGAGUUACGAUACAACCUCCCACGCUAUGUCAUGGUCUCUUUAUCUUUUGGGAAGAUUCCACAAAAUACAAGAGAGAGUGUAUUUAGAAUUGGAAGAAAUUUUCAAGAAUGAUAUGAAUAGGGAUAUUACUAUUGAAGACCUGACAAAAAUGACGUACUUGGAAUGCGUAAUUAAGUCGAUGAGAAUCUAUCCUCCUAUUCCUAUAAUUGCAAGAAAAAAUCCUUCGGAAAUGAAAAUAAGUAAUUACUCGUUGCCUGCAAAUUCGAGUCUUGUCAUAAAUAUCUAUGGCAUUCACCAUAAUCCUUCUGUUUACGAAAAUCCCGAAGUGUUCGAUCCAGACCGUUUCCUACCUGAAAAAUAUAAAAAUCUUCAUCCUUAUGCAUUUCUGGCAUUUUCUGCCGGUCCACGAAAUUGUCUCGGACGUAAACUCGCCAUGAUGAAAAUUAAAAUAGUUUUGGCAAAUGUUCUUCGUAAUUUUAAAGUUUACUCUUUGGAUUCUCAAGAUAAGAUUGUCACUUGUUUCGAAUGUGUUUUGUCCCCAAUAUUAGGUAUAAAAAUGUGUGUAGAAAAAAGAAGUAUGUUGUAA